GGACCCGACGCUUUCGGCGAUGAGCCUCCCAGGGUUAAGCUUGAAAAAAGCUGCAGCUUUUGCCCAAGUCCUGAGAGCUGAGCCUCGCUACUUGCUGGCCCAAAAUGUCGCAACCUGCACAGACCCACUGGAGGUGUGCCUGGAUCGUGGUGUGGUGCAAGACACACUCCAGGUGUUUCAGCACACAGUACCUACCGAAGGCAAACCCAUCACCAAUCAGAAGAAUUCAGGGCGCUGUUGGAUCUUCUCUUGUCUGAACGUGAUGCGUCUCCCGUUCAUGAAAAAGUUCAACGUUGAGGAGUUUGAGUUCAGCCAGUCGUACCUCUUCUUCUGGGACAAGAUUGAACGUUGCUGCUACUUCUUGCAUGCGUACGUGGAAACGGCUCAGCAGAAGGAGCCGGUGGAAGGCCGGCUGGUGCAGUUCCUGCUCUCCAACCCUUCCAACGAUGGUGGGCAGUGGGACAUGCUCGUGAACCUUAUUGAAAAAUAUGGUGUUAUUCCCAAGAAGCUUUUCCCUGAAUCACAUACCACAGAGGCCUCCAGAAGGAUGAAUGACAUUCUGAACCAUAAGAUGCGGGAAUACUGCAUCCGACUAAGAAACAUGGUCGAGACCGGCUGCAACAAAGGCGAGCUUGCAGUUGCCGUGGACACCAUGAUAGAGGAGGUGUUUCGAAUAGUUUCCAUCUGCCUGGGGAGCCCACCGGAGACGUUCUGCUGGGAGUUCUAUGAUAAGGAGAAGGUCUAUCACAAGAUUGGGCCAAUCUCACCAUUACAGUUCUACCAGGAGCAUGUCAAGCCGGUCUUCGAUAUGGAAAGCAAAGUUUGUCUCGUCAAUGACCCCCGGCCCCAAAACCCCUACAACAGACUGUACACAGUGGAGUAUCUGAGUAACAUGGUUGGGGGAAGGAAGACUCUUUACAACAACCAGCCGAUCGAGCUCCUGAAAAAAAUGGCCGCCUCUUCCAUUCGGGAUGGAGAGGCAGUCUGGUUCGGCUGCGACGUCGGGAAGCACUUCAACAGCAAACUGGGCAUCAACGACAUGAACAUAUUUAAUCACAAACUGGUGUUCGGGGUGUCUGUCAAGAACAUGAACAAGGAUGAGCGGCUGAUCUUCGGGGAUUCCAUGAUGACCCACGCCAUGGUCAUCACUGCCUUCACUGAGAAGGAGGAUCAAGAAGGUUCCUUUCAGAAGUGGCGUGUGGAGAACUCGUGGGGAGAAGACCGUGGAAAUAAAGGUUAUCUCAUCAUGACCGAUGACUGGUUCUCUGAGUACGUGUACGAGGUGGUGGUGGACAAGAAGCACGUGCCUGAAGACGUCCUGGCGGUGUAUCAGCAGGACCCGACUGUCCUGCCUGCGUGGGACCCGAUGGGCGCCCUGGCCAAGUGAACUCUUGGGGGGCCUCGCUGCCUCCUCCUUCUGGUCAACCUUGAAGCAAGCAUGGUGGGGUCUGGAAGGCCGGGAGCCGUGGCGAAGCCGUCGUGCAGCCAUGCUCGCCGCUGGAGGUGCGGCAUUCACAAGUGGUUUGC